UGUGUGAGCUCAGAAAGGUGGAUGAGCUGGUCUCGAGGAGGAGAGUGCACGAGAUGCUGCUGCUGACACAUUCCUUGAAAGAUGAGUAAAAAGGCGCAAGAAUGUUGGAGUCACCGGAUGUAGUUUGGAUCGAGAGGAACUGAUUCACUGCUUUCCCAUCCUUGUCUUCGCUCUUGCCUAACCUUCUUUUUUUGCAUCUCGUCUAAUUUUCGAUGUGAUUAAAUGGCUUCCGGACGGCGCCGCCAGGCUCCACGCGCACUCGGAAUACUCCUGCUCGCUGUUGUCGGUAUGGCGUGUGGGGGUGAGCUGUCAUUCACCCUGGAGCCCAGUGACAUUAUUGCUGUUCAGGAACAACCUCUGAUGCUGCACUGUCAGGUGGAGGGGAUCCCGCCCAUCACCAUACAGUGGAGGCGCAACGGAGCUCUGAUUGUACAGGACCAAAACUAUGUCAUGUUUGCAAAUGGCUCGCUUCUGAUUGGUCAUUUCCAGAAGACCAAGUCUGACGGCUCGUCUGAUGAGGGAGACUAUGAGUGCAUAGCCCAAAAUUUCUUUGGGUUGGUCUUGAGCCGCAAAGCCAGAGUUCAGGCUGCUACAAUGGCAGAUUUUCAUGUGCAGCCACGUUCAGUUCGUGCAGAGCUGGGAGGUGUUGGGCGAUUUCAGUGCCAAAUCCAUGGUCUGCCUGAGCCAGUCAUCAGCUGGGAAAGAGAUGGGCGACCCGUGGAUACCUCUGAUGACAGGUAUACUCUGUUGCCAACGGGUGUGCUGCAGAUAACAGGUGUUCGCCCUGAGGACAGCGGGAUGUACUGCUGUGUUGCCCACAACAGUGCUGGAGUCAAACACAGCACAGGAGCGCAGCUCUCAGUCUCAGGCUCCCAGUCAUCUGUUUACAAAGAACCCAUGAUCCUAGUUGGCCCUGAAAACCUCACCCUCACAGUUCACCAGACUGCCAUCUUGGAGUGUGUUGCCACGGGAUACCCUCGCCCAAUCGUUUCUUGGAGUAGACUGGAUGGACGGCCAAUAGGAGUUGAGGGUAUCCAGGUACUAGGAACAGGAAACCUGAUGAUCUCUGAUGUCAGAGUUCAGCAUUCUGGCGUUUACGUCUGUGCGGCCAACAAGCCAGGAACCCGUGUGCGCAGAACUGCUCAGGGACGCCUGGUUGUGCAAGCCCCUGCAGAGUUUGUGCAGCCCCCUCAGUCUAUUGCUCGCCCGGUGGGCACCACUGCCGUCUUCACUUGCCUGGCCCAGGGUGAGCCAGUCCCACAAAUCACCUGGCUGAAAAAUGGACAAAUCUUAGACCCUGAUGGCCAUGUCAAACUCAGGAACAACAACAGUACUCUGACCAUCUAUGGAGUAACCCAGGAUGAUGAGGCCAUAUAUCAGUGCAUUGCAGAGAACAGUGCUGGCUCCACACAGGCCAGUGCCCGUCUGACCGUGCUGUGGGCUGACGGCUUGCCGGGUGUGCCCACGGGGGUACGUGCAGAAGUCCUUUCUCCGACCUCCAUUCAGGUGUCCUGGAACGAGCCCACCCAAAACACUCAGGACAUAAUUGGAUAUGUGCUACAUAUCCGCAAGACUGCUGACCCAGUGGAGAUGGAGUACCAGGAGGCUGUGAGUAAAAUGACCCUGCAGCAGGUAAUCGGAGAUCUGGAGCCUUCCACCAGCUACAGCUUCUAUGUGAAGGCUUACACAUCCCGCGGAGCCAGCAAACCCUCUGAGACAGCUGUGGAGAGAACUCUGGGAGAAGUCCCUGCACCACCAGCCUUGUUCACGAAGGUGAUUAAUUCGACAGUGGUCCAGGCCACAUGGGAGCCUUCCACUAAGAUGGGCCAGCAGGAAGGAUUCAAUCUCUACUACCGUAAGGUUCCCGUCCCCAUCUUCACGGGACCCCUUACCUUCCCACGUAAUGUGACCCAGUACAACAUCACUCAGCUAGAUCCCUCUUUUGUGUAUGAAAUGAAGAUUCUGGCUUUUAACCAGCAUGGAGAGGGCAAUGCCACUCUGCGCUUGGUGUCACUCAAGGAGGCAGUGGAGAAAUCAGUGCUAAAUACCCCUUGUGACUGUGUAAAAGAUGAACAGAAUAAAAGCUCCACCACAGGCAUCAUCAUCGGCAUCCAUAUUGGAGUCACUUGCAUCAUUUUCUGUGUCCUUUUCCUUGUGUUCAGCUACAGGGGAAGGUUGAUGAUGUGUAAAACCGUGCAGGCCACCCGACAGGCGGGCCGCAAUCCAGCAGCUGGAGUCGUGCUCGAAUCCUCCUCUUCAUCACAGGGGACUCUGGCCCUCAACAGCCCUCACAGGUUCAGCUCAGACAGAAAUGGAGGAACCCUCACUGCAAAGAGCUGCACUGACUCCAAUGAGAUGGAGAGACUCUUCUCAGGACCAUCCCACUCCUCCCAUCCACCUGAUACCACCCACGCAAAUGCGAGCUCUUUGGUCUUUUGUCCAUUGAAUGAAACCCAGAUGUCCACACUUCCCCUUGAUGACUUCAGCCUGAUGGAGGAGUGUGAGGUUCAGUUCCGGCAGCAUCCAGCAGAUGGCCAACAGGAUGAAGACUGAUGAAGGAAUGAAGGCCAAGAUUAUCCUCUACUCAGACUCCUGUCCAACUCAGGUCAACUGAAGUAUUCAUCUUUUUCAGUUCUGUUUUUAUCAUGCAAAGAAUAUAUUAUUCGUAAGUUAAGUUCCCUUAGUGGGAAUCACUGGACUGUAAUGCCGAGGGUCCCUCUGGCCUCAAGGUUCUGCGAUGGACAUCUAUUAUUUCUCACUGGUAGGUGAACAAAUACACUCUUGCAGUUUCAGCUGGCAGCAUACAUUCAAAGUCUCCAGUCACUAGUAUCUAGAUGAUUUUAUUUGGCUUCUUCUGCACAACAGAGGAGUAUAUUUCCUACCAAAACAUCUAUUUUUCAACUUGCUGCCUCCUCUUAACCUACUUAUGAUUUCACAAGUCAAUCCACCAGAGACCAAGACCUUCUUCCAGGGAUUUCAUAUUAUUCUCAGGACUUUUUUGUUCACUGAUAUCAAUGUUUUUUUUUAGUAGGUCUCAGCCUUCACAAAGACUUUAGACUCUAUGUUAUGUGAACCUUAGAAUUUGCAACAAAAAACCUACCUCAGCAGGAAUGAAUGUCUUGAUGGAAGUCUUUGAGAUCUGCAUCUUGUCUGUUCUGUUUUUAUACACAUCAGUCGUUCAGUCAAAAGAGAAAAAGGUGCUUCUCUACCUCAGAUUUCAAGGACUGCCGCUCCCCUGCUCGCUGAAGCGAAACCUGAAAAAAAUCCAACAUAUAGCACUUCCAAAUGUUGAAGUCAAUGUUCUACCUCAAAAUAACAAUGUUGUUAUUGUCGUUGUGGUUCUUAUCUCAUACUGAAACAUAGCCUCUGUUUGUGAGAUCCUGGCUUCACUAUGUUAAUGAAUUGCUGUGUUUUGAUAUGUCAGUACCUCAUGCCAGUUGACAUGACAUUGUUCUAUGAAUUCUGCUUGUCAAGAUGUUC